AAUUUUAUUUGUUUAAUCAUUAAGAAAUAUUCCUUGCACACCAACAGUAUGGAAAUACAUUGGAUGUAGGUGGAAUUGGGAUUUCAAAAUGGUGCAUUUGAUGAUAUUUUCUUUGUUCCUGGCUAUGACAUCCAUGGAUCUGUGGUUUCCCAGGUCUUGGUGACAAAUGAUGGUUGUCAAGCUCCCAUUCCUCCAUUCUCUGGUCGACUUGGAUAAUACAUAGAGGGAUCAGUUACUCCCCCUGUACCUGGUGUUAAUAUAAAGAUAAUUGCUGAUGAAGAUGGCCAUAUGGCUUCGCUUAGCUAGAAAGGGAGAAUUAGCUUUUGAAACUACCACCGGGGCAGAUGGUCUCUUUGUUGUGGGACCUUUAUAUGAUGAUAUCACCUAUGACAUCAAGGCUUCAAAGGAGUAUGCCUUCUCACCUUCAGCACAGGCAAUAGAACUUGGUUCUGGAGAGCUAAAGAAGUCAUUUUCCAAGCAACCCGUGUUGCUUACAGUGCUAUGGGUAUGGUUACUUUGCUUUCUGGCCAGCCAGAGGAAGGUGUGUAUAUUGAAGCCCAAUCAAAGCCAAAAGGCUACUUUGAGGAGACAGUGACUGAUUCAUCUGGAAGUUAUUGUCUACGAGGACUGUUUCCUAAUACAACAUAUUCAAAUCAAAGUAGUGAAGAAAGAUGGCUUGGGAAGUGCUAAAAUAGAACGUGUGUCUCCUGAAUCCAUUACUUUGAAGGUUGAGCGUGAGGAUAUCAAGGGAUUGGAUUUUGUGGUAUUUGAACAACCAGAUAUAAUAUAACUGUCCUAAGUAGUCACGUUGAAGGUAAAAAGAUUGCAGAUCUACGUUCAAACCUAUUGGGGGAAAUCAAGUCAGGCAGUGACCCUUCCAAAGCAGAAUACGUCUUUCCAUUACCACCAUAUAAACUUUUUCCAGGUGAAGGACUUACCUAGGGGAAAAGCAUAUCCUGCUGCUGAAAUCUAGGCUUCCACCAAGCACUCAAAAAUUUGAAUCAGAGAUUGUUGAAGUUGACCUAGAGCACAAUGCCCAAGUCCAUGUAUGCCCUCUCAGAUACAAUAUGGAGGAGGACCACCAAAAGCAGAAGCGACUCCUGCACCAAUAUUCCUUCUCAUUGUUGGGAUUUCAGUUAUUGUUCUUUUUAUCAGCAUGCCAAGAUUGAAGGAUGUCUACCAAGCCAAUGUGGGAGUAUCAACAUCAGCUUUAGCAACAAAUGCUAAAAGAGAAGCACCAAAGCCUGCUUUGAGAAAGAAGGCUUAUUGAAGGACCCUCUUCCAUCCACUUGAGACGCUAUAGCCUGUGGGAGUUGACUUUUAUCGUCAAAAUUUCAUUCUCCAUUCAUAGUUCCAAGUUUUGUCACUAACUAACUAGAGUAGUAAUAGCACAUUCUAAUACAAAACGUGUAGGACAUUACCACCAUAUGUUACAAAUUGGCCACCUUCUUCUUAUAGAAUUUUGACACGGUUUCUGGUAGUACGUAAGCAAAUGCAAUUACUAAGAUAAAGAAAAUUGAUAACUGAAUUUUAACCCUAUUCUCUCUCUGUGAAUAGAUACAAUCUGAAGGAAGGGAUGGGAAAUAGAAUGGAAUUAUGAUGCCUCAACUCUUAGUUAUUAUUAAGUUAUUAGGUGUAUCUAACAAUAAACUUAUGAGAUCUGA